AGGAUAACCUAUGGGGAUCGUCUGUGUGAAGCGGAUGAGUUAAAAGGGCGCCCAGGGUAAAAGACUCAAGGUCUGAGGGUUAGUAAAGGGGAGGCCAUCUGGUGGACGCCUCAGAACUUCCCGCGCCCAGAGGGCUAGCCCUGGGCCCAGGUGAGAUGGACGUCCAGCUAUGCACAACCCCGAUGACGUUUGGCUCCCCAGGAAAGACGCUGCUGAGAUAUUAGGGGGGUUAUUAAGGUCCGCUGCACCGGAUCUGCUCAGGAGGGCCUGUUCUAGGGGCUCUGCCUUGGUCAAGUUCUCCGGGACGGAGUUGGAGCAGUGGGAUGCGCAGGGCGGAGACACGGCCGGAGGGACCCCGGCAGCUCUGGUGCUUCCGAGGCGCCCACGCGGAGCUCAGCUGCUCCGCCUGUCUUAAAACUCCAAGACGCGGGGAACGAGCCCAGCAAGCGGCCAGGCUUGACCUUGACCGUUGGCGCUGCCAGCUUUGCUCUCGCUGCCCGGCAACGGCGCGCUCUGGCUGCUGCGCCCGCCCCUCCCUCGAGCGGAAUCGCGGGUGAUCCAGGCCGGGUUUUGCAGCGGAGCUGUUGGGUUGCGCGUGCUGAUUCCUCUGCCAUCGCAGCCGGCUGCAGGAGACUAUGGUGCUGCGCCAAGUGUGGACCGCGCUGUCCGGUGUCUCCGGGGUUGCCUUAGUUUGCUGCUUGUUGUCGGCGGCGGUGGUCUUGCGAUGGACCGGGCGCCGGACGGCCCGGGGCGCGGCGGCCAGGGCGCGGCGGAGGCAGCGAGCCGGCCUGGAGACCAUGGAUAAGGCAGUACAGCGCUUCCGGCUGCAGAACCCUGACUUGGAUUCAGAGGCGCUGCUGGCCCUGCCCCUGCCUCAACUACUACAGAAGUUACACAGUGGAGAGCUGUCCCCUGAGGUGGUACUCUUCACCUACUUGGGAAAGGCCUGGGAAGUGAACAAGGGGACCAACUGUGUGACCUCCUAUCUGACUGACUGUGAGACUCAGCUGUGCCAGGCCCCACGGCAGGGCCUGCUCUACGGCAUCCCUGUGAGCCUCAAGGAAUGCUUCGGCUACAAGGGCCAAGACUCCACGCUGGGUUUGAGUUUGAAUGAGGGGGUGCCAUCGGAGUGUGACAGUGUGGUGGUACAAGUGCUGAAACUGCAGGGAGCUGUGCCCUUUGUGCACACCAAUGUCCCCCAGUCCAUGUUAAGUUUUGACUGCAGCAACCCCCUCUUUGGCCAGACUCUGAACCCCUGGAAGUCCUCCAAGAGCCCGGGUGGAUCCUCAGGGGGUGAGGGGGCUCUCAUCGGAUCUGGGGGCUCCCCGCUGGGCUUAGGCACUGAUAUUGGAGGCAGCAUCCGUUUUCCCUCCGCUUUCUGCGGCAUCUGUGGCCUCAAGCCUACCGGGAAUCGGCUCAGCAAGAGCGGCCUGAAGGGCUGUGUCUAUGGACAGACAGCAGUGCAGCUUUCUGUUGGCCCCAUGGCCCGGGAUGUGGAGAGCCUGGCAUUAUGCCUGAAAGCCCUACUGUGUGAAGACCUGUUCCGCUUGGACCCCACUGUCCCCCCCUUACCCUUCAGAGAGGAGGUCUACACAAGCUCUGGACCCCUGCGGGUAGGAUACUAUGAAACUGACAACUAUACCAUGCCUAGCCCAGCCAUGAGGAGGGCGGUGCUGGAGACCAAGCGGAGCCUUGAGGCUGCUGGCCACACGCUGGUUCCCUUCCUGCCAAACAACAUCCCCUACGCUCUGGAGGUCCUGUCCGCAGGUGGGCUGUUCAGUGACGGUGGCCACACUUUCCUCCAGAACUUCAAAGGUGACUUUGUGGAUCCCUGCUUGGGGGACCUGAUCUUAAUUCUGAAGCUACCCGGGUGGUUUAAAAGACUGCUGAGCUUCGUGUUGAAGCCUAUGUUUCCUCGGAUGGCAACCUUUCUCAACAGCAUGCAGCCUCGGUCGGCUGAAAAGCUGUGGGAACUGCAGCAUGAGAUUGAGGUGUACCGAAAUUCUGUGAUUGCCCAGUGGAAAGCGAUGAACUUGGAUGUGCUGCUGACCCCCAUGCUGGGCCCUGCUCUGGAUCUGAAUGCAUCAGGCAGAGCCACAGGGGCUAUCAGCUACACUAUGCUCUACAACUGCCUGGACUUCCCUGCGGGGGUGGUGCCUGUCACCACUGUGACCGCUGAGGAUGACGCCCAGAUGGAACACUACAAGGGCUACUUUGGGGAUAUCUGGGACUAUAUACUGAAGAAGGCCAUGAAGAAGAGUGUAGGCCUGCCUGUGGCCGUGCAGUGUGUGGCUCUGCCCUGGCAGGAAGAGAUGUGUCUGCGGUUCAUGCGGGAGGUGGAACAGCUGAUGACCCCUGAAAAGCGGCCAUCCUGAGGGUCAUUCACCUGCCCAGCUCUGGAGGACCUAAGACCUAUGAACUCUAUCGCCUGUGAGGAAAUGCCGAGCACAGGGAAGAGGUGUCCACCUGUCCUCCCCUGGACCCCUGCAGAAGCACAGGACACCUUCCCGGCUCCCCCCCCCACCCCACUCUAGACCUUGCUCCCCUCUCUGGUCCUCUUUCCAUCCUGAUCCCCUACUUCAUGUGGCAGCCAGCAGGAGUGGCCUGGGCUCAUCAACAGUGAAGAAGCAAUUCGUUAUGUAUUUUCUAGGUGUUUCUAUGAGGGUGCUGGGAACCAGAGCCUGCUGAGAGGGUUGGCCGGAACCUCUUAAGCCAGCUGCAAUCAUGUACUCUCCUGCUCCAAAACUUCCCUGCUGCCAUCAUCCACAGCUUGGACACAGGGGCGUGUCACUUACCUCCUUCCCUCCCUUUUCAGUUUGGGUUCAGCCCAGCUUUGAUGGACACUGCCCCUUUCCUCCUCUCGAUCUGUCUCUGCAGACACGCGCUUCUUAGUCCUUGGAAGCCCAGCACGGGUCCCCUCCCCCCUUUUCCCAAGAAGCCUUCUGUCCUCCUCUGGGCCCCAGAGAGUGUGGGAUCUUUCCUCCUAGUCUGCCGUGGUGGUGGAGUGGACAUCUGUGGUGGGUCGUCUUCCCUGAGGACACUAGCCCUCCUCAAUGGUGGGGACUCCGUUUCUCCUGUUACAGACAGCGCAGGGCAGCAGAGAAAGCACCUGGGUUGGACUGCAGGGAGCCAAGUGGGCACACCUGGCCCUCAGCUGGCAUUGUUGCCUGGGAAGGAAUAAACAAGGUAGUCUGUCAGAGUGCUACCACUGCUGACCAAG